AUAAAAAAAAAAAAAUUUAAAAAAGAGAGAGAGAGAAACAGAUGACAAGGAAGAGGCAGCUUCGGGAGAUCCAGGGAAGACUGUUCCCAGCAGCAGGAAGAGGAAACUCACAGGCCCCAAGAGGCCUGGGGCAGAGUGGGCAAAAUUACAAUGGCCCCCAGCCCAGUGAAGGCCCCAGAUGAAGGCCACCUGGCCUCCAUCCUGAGCUCAGGGGCAAGUCUGGCUGCAAGCUUUUUCUACAAAGGGCCAGAUAAUAAGUGUGUUUGGUUCUGAGGGCCAAAAGGUAAAAUCGAGGCGAUUAUGAAGGUACUUAUAAAACAAGAGAGGAAAUUUCUGGCCUGCCGUGCCCUCUUCGCUUGGGAUGGGCCAUCUAGGUGACAGGCGCGCUUUGAUCCCAGCUGCCGGAGGCAUUCUCUGGACGGAGAGUGCCUUGUCCAGGGCUGUGCAGCCUGUAGUCCAGGCAGGUUGGGUGACGGGGGUGAGGGGCAACCGCUGCUCUGACCCAGUGACAACCGGAUCCCAGAGCACCUUUCUCUCCAGAGAGCCUGGCUCUCACCUUGAGCAGUGGGCCAGAGACCAGACAACUUGCCGAGCUGCCGACUUCCAGAAGGAGAUUCCACCACUUGGCACCUGGCAGCUGCCAAGAGAGGAGAUCCCAAUAUGUCAGGUGGCCACCAACGCAACCAGCUCAGGCCUUGGACAACGGCAAGGUGUUGGCCAUUGGUUGACCAGGGAGGCAGGCUUUGGGGGAGGGGUGGGGCACGGGGACAGGGGAGGCCACUACAGCCAGGUCUCCGAAUCUCACCAAAGUGCCAUUGUUCCUUUGAGUGUACAGAAACAGGGGUCGAUUUGACCCACGAGCUGGAAUCUCCCAACCCCUGGAAGCCAUUGGUAGAUUUUAAUAAGCAGGAGAUAGCCACAAUAGCCAAAAAGGUGGAAACAACUUAAACAUCCAUCAACACACAAUGUGGUCCAGCCGUGCAGUGGAAUAUUGCUGAGCCAUCGAAAGGGAUAAAGCUCCAACACCUGCCACGACGUGGAUGAUCCUUGAACCUCAUGCUCAGUGUUUGAAUGAAGCCAAACACAGAAGACCACUUCUAGAGGCUGGAAGUCCAAGUUCAGGGUGUCGGCGUGGUUAGUUGCUGGUGAGGGCUCUGCUCCUGGUUUGCAGACAGCUGCCCUCUCGCUGCGUCUCACGCGGAGGACAGAGUGAACAUCUCCUGUCUCUUCUUAUGGAGUGCAUCAGAAUAGGCGCUCUACACAAGCAGGGGCCUUGGUCGCCCUUGUUCGCUGCCACGUCCUUCAAACCCAGAGCGGUGCCUGGCACACGCAGGAAGUCCUCAGUGUCUGGUGACCCAGUGAACGCAGCGGCCAAGAAGGGAAAGCUGGGGCCUCCCCUCGCAAUCCACACCUGAGUCAUAUUUUCAGAAGCCUCUGGAAAGUGUGAGAGACACUACAUGAGUUAGAGUGAGACGGCCGGGCCGGGGGUGGCAGGGGACAGGAAGAAGAGGAAGGUGAGUGGGGAAGGGGGUGGGGCCGAGCCCCGGCUCUAAAGGCGGCCCCGGGGCCCAGGGGCGCCUGUCUGCAGCCUGCGCAGCUCAGGAGUGUUGGGCAAUUUCGGUUUCCUCUGAGGCUGAAGGGACCCGGGCAGAGCCAGCCCUGCCCCCGGGGCGUCGUGGGGCCACGUCUGUUCGGCAUGGAGGAGGGAGUCGUGCGGCCCUCAGUGUUCUCGGUGGAAGGACAGACGGACAUCCCGUUCAGGAGGCUGGGACGAAGCCGCGGGAGACAGCCCUGCAGCGCGGCCCGCGCGGGUCUGGGUCUCCUGCUGUUUGCGAUGGGGGCCGGGCUGGCCGUCCAGGGCUGGUUCCUGCUGCAGCUGCACUGGCGCCUGGGGGAGACUGUCGCCCGCCUGCCGGACAGAGACGCAGGCUCCUGGGAGCAGCUGAUGCAAGAGCGGAGGUCCCACCGUGUCAACCCGGCAGCACACCUCACAGGGGCCAACUCCAGCUUGACAGGCAGCGGGGGUCCGCUGCUGUGGGAAACACAGCUGGGCCUGGCCUUCCUGAGGGGCCUCAGCUACCGCGACGGGGCCUUGGUGACCUCGGAGGCUGGCUACUACUACAUCUACUCCAAGGUGCAGCUGGGCGGUGUGGGCUGCCCCCAGGGACUGGCCGGCGGCCUGCCCAUCACCCACGGCCUCUACAAGCGCACGCCCCGCUACCCCGAGGAGCUGGAGCUGCUGGUCAGCCGGCGGUCACCCUGCGGACGGGCAGCCAGCGCCCGCGUCUGGUGGGACAGCAGCUUCCUGGGCGGCGUGGUGCACCUGGAGGCCGGGGAGGAGGUGGUCGUCCGUGUGCCGGAGGAGCGCCUGGUGCGACUGCGCGACGGCACCCGGUCCUACUUCGGGGCUUUCAUGGUGUGAAGGGAGGCGCGCGGCGGACGGAGCGCGGGUCUGAGGCGGAGACCUCAGAGGGUGUCUCAGGGAGACGAAAAGCCAGCGGUCUUGGAGGGCCCCGGGGAAUCCAAAACUCGGAAGACGGAGAGCUCGGUGGGCACCUCCAGGGACCAAGAACUCAGACACCCCGAGAGGCUGGAGACCCCCGGGCGAGGGGUAAAGCGGAUUUGCCUGAUAUUCAGGAAGAACGGGUGAGGGGUGGGUAUUUAUACUUUCGAUUCAGAAGAAAGUGGCGCUCGGGAUUCCGGGGAGCCGCCCGCGGAAGGGAACUUGGUCAAGUUCCCCACUCUCGCGAGUACGAGCAGGGGGCGGCAGGUUUAUCAUCCGGACUCAGGACUCAUCCGGCAGAGAGCCGGGCCCCUCCCCACCUACAGUCAUGGUCAUAUACUCAAGUCCCACCCACGGACUGGUGGCCACGCCUCAGCCUAGUCACAGGACGUUACGCUCAGAGACACAGCACACAGCAAGGUGCUUCUAACCGUUUAGCAGCCAGCUCUCCUGGGCGCAAGGAGAGGCUUUGUGGUGUUCGUUUGCCAAUUUCCAUGGUGUAAAUGCCGCCACUGUGGCUGGUUUCUGGCUACCCACAUAGCACCGACCGGCUGGCUGUGUCCCGUCGCUGCUGAGCAGACAUGACACAAGAACACCACUGCUGGGCCCUCGGCAGCCAGCCCAGUGCUUGCUGAUUGAAAGACGGGAAGACAGAACGACCACGCCGUCAAACCUAUGGCAUCACAGGGAAUCUAUCACGUGGCUACGUAACGUCCCUUCUGUUUCACAAUGACAGACUCAUCCGGGCAGAGCCUCAGACCCCCACAUAAUCACAUGGAAGUCAUAGCGUUGCAAACAGUCGUGGCACUGCAUGGCAACCAUCUACAACACAGCCACACACAACACACGACCACAGGGUCACCCACAGGGGUGUCACCGUCACACUUGGCAAUGCUCGUCCCAUCAGAUGCAGACGCACCCAUCACGGCCAGACCCAGUGACACACACACAACAUCACAAUGAUAAACACACGACCACAACCCACACACACAUACACACACAGCCUCAGGGUUCCUCCCCGGCCAAGACUGACACACCCUGGGGUUAGGACCAGACCUUGUUUACAGCCCUGGGCCUCUUGACUACUGGUCCGUGAAAUAAAUGGGAAACGGUCGCACCUGGAUCCGUCUAGUUCUUAGGGGAAGAAAUUUGGGGUGGGAUGCCAGGCCCGAAGAGCUCCACGGGAAAGGGAAGAGUCAGGUGGGGAGGGGGGGCAACAGUCAGCAACAGGUGUUGGCUCAUAGAGGCAGAGUGAUGGAUGUCAUGACGCACAGAGGUCAUUUUAGCAGGAGAGAAACCUGAACCCGGUUAGCCCAGCUCCCUGCAGGAAAUGUCAGGGAAACCAAAGACCCCUCAAAUCCACAAUUCCUGAGGAAGGGGAGGCUACCCCCUGCAAGGCAC